CUCACUCCGCUUCUGACAGCCGUCGACCACCAACCCUUUCCUUCACCGUCUCUAUUUCUCCACUCUUAACCAUCAUUGACGAUCAACAUCCCGCCAUUCCAAUAAAUAAGAAGAGAUAGGGCUGCAAAACACCUUUGUGAAGGGGGUCACCUCUCGCCCGCCAUGUUUGCCCGGAGUAACUCGAGCGAGCGUGCUUCGCCCAAAAAGGCCACUCCGCCGUCGCCUUCUUAUAUGAGCAGCGAGCAAUUUGCCGCAUAUCUUAAAGAUCUACGCGCCAGUCGACUUAACAGGCCUGGUGGUGCACGUCCACUGCCCGCUUCGAAACGCGAUACUUCUUGUACUACUGCUGCCAGUCCCUCGCCUAGCAGCCGGUCAUCUUUCACACAAGCCCCUCGCCUCUCCGAGACCGCCUCCUCUCCCAUCCAAAAUGGCACUUCAGAAGCGAACAAUGCAUCCAGCCCAACCGAGCUGUCCCCUGGCCGCAGCUCCGUGACCGCCAGCGUUGGCUCCAAGUACUCAAACGUGACCCGAGGUAGAGAUUACUACCCAGACCGUCCAGCCCGGCUCUUGAAACCAUCAGAGGUGGUACCUUCUGCUACCUAUAUCGAACGCGGUCAGAGAUGGAUGGAAAAGGAGGAGGCUGUUUCUUUGCGCAAGGCUAUGGAGGACAUGGAUCUAAAGGGACACAGCAAGAACGCCAGUGGUGGCCCGCUGAUUAGGCCGGAUGUCGGCCCCGGCUCUGGGAACGAUGAGGCUCCGGAGCAAACCGAGGAGGAAAGGCGUCUCUACGAAGCCGCGCUGGCCGAGGCAGCUGAGUUAGUAUGGCAACACGAAAACCCCGGGAAAGAGAGACCGCCCGAGCCAGGCACCCCAUAUCGGUAUAAGCCUCACUUGCGCAAAGACAGCUACGCCCAUGCCCGCACAGCCAGCGUCAAAUACGGCAGCGAUGUGGCCCCCACUGGUCUAGCCAGAGAUACGAGCACGUACUCAAUGUCGGGAAGCUCGACGGAUGGCGAAGAAGGACAAGGGUCAAGUCGAAGCCCAGUAUCGCCAGCUUCAGCUCGCCCGCUGUCUUUCAGGCUGCCGGAGACACCUAGGGCGAGCCGUGAGCGUGUGCGAGAUGGCUCCCCAGAAUCGGGUAACUCCAAGUCGUACAGCACCUUUUCAGGUAGUAGCGGUUACCUACGGAGUGGUUCGAAGAAGGACAUAUUUGGUGAGCCCCAGAAGCCGUUCCCAGGUGACAAGAUUUCGGAGGAAUCAGAAGCGCGGUCAUCUUCUUCUAGCCUGGAUAACUUUGCACAAAUCAGAACUCCUGAGCAACUGGGAGCGAAACCCAAGAACCCCCUGAAUCGCGUACAGUUUGCCCCUGAAACGUCCCCGGCAGCGGAUGGCGUUGCCUCGUCCCCUCCCAAAGACGGAUCUAGGUACGAAAAGUAUGAGAUUCACCGUAAUCCCGUCACCCAAUCCCGCAACCCUCAGUACACCACCAACGUACGCCCCGCUUUGCCUUGGGAAAGAAAGAAACCGGUGCAGGAAGAGGUUCCUCGAAAGCACGGCAUGGAAAUCCGCAGCGAUGAGAUACGGCAAGCCACAAGCAUGAAGCUGAAAGACCGCAGCGUCAAGCUACCUACGCCGUCUGCCGUCAGUGACAAUCCCGGUCGACCCAUCGUAAGCUUUGACAGACAAUGGAAAGCUCCUGAUGAGGCUGCUGAUGACACGCCAGAAGGACCGUCGAGAUUCGGCAAGAGUGACGACCGCUCGACGCCGCUCGUCCCUGGACGUUUCCGCAGCCAGCAGUCGCAGCAACCCCAAGAAGAGCCGCAGCAAUCGCAACACCACCAACAACAACAGCAGCAGCGAGCACUCCCACAGCAACCCCAGCGACCACGACAGCAGCCGGGCUCGACGCCGAACGUCCCUGUUAUCCCUGUUUCGAAUGGUUUUUCAACCCCACCGUCGUCUUCGUCGCCAACAAGACGCCCACUCCCAGUCCCAACCCCACCCGGUAUUCAAAUAAAUGCACCGCCACCUUCAUCUUCUAUCCCCUCAAUAUCUGUUCCCUCCAUCGCUGUCUCGGAGUCAGCUUCAUCAUCACGAUCUAACAUCCCUCAGAUUGUCCUCCCAGGCGGAUCUCACGAUGAUGGACCUAGCAUUCCAGUAAUCGUGACGCCAGACGAUAAAUCCAGCACCUCCAACAGCAGCAGCUCUCGACGCCCGCUCCCCACCCCGGGAGCCGUAGGUCGACAUAUGCCAGCUCGGCCACGCAGCCACUGGUCGCCGGCGCCCAAACCAGCAGGCAGCCGCGCCACGGCUCGCUGCCACGAGUGCGGCGACUUCAUUGAAGGCCGCUUCGUCUCGCUGGCCGGGAUGACGGAGCGCUUCCAUCCGCAGUGCUUCACAUGCUACUCAUGCGGCACGUCGCUCGAGGCGCUCGAGAUCUCUCCAGAACCGGAUGAGCACCGGGCGGCGCGGCUCGAGCGCAUCGCCCGGCGGACCGCAGGCGAACAUCUCCCCGAAACGCCGGGCCAGACCAUGGCCGAGGACGGUGACGCGCGUCUCCGGUUCUACUGCCACUUGGACUGGCACGAACUGUUCGCGCCGCGGUGCAAGCACUGCACGACGCCCAUUAUGGGCGAGCACGUGGUGGCGCUGGGCCACCACUGGCACUUUGGCCACUUCUUCUGCGCCGAGUGCGGGGACCCAUUUGAGCGCGGCAUGACGCAUAUCGAAAAGGACGGUUAUGCGUGGUGCGUGUCGUGCCAGACAAAGCGCACCGAGCGCAGGGCGCCCAAAUGUCGCAAGUGCCGGAAGGCCGUCAUCGGACAGUACAUUAGGGCGCUUGGCGGCGAGUGGCACGAUGAGUGUUUCCGCUGUGCCGACUGCGGCGGCGGGUUCGAUGAUGGACAGAUAUUCCCUAGGGAAGGGAGGGCCGGCACGGUGCCGGGUGAGAUGGUUGUUCUUUGUACUGGAUGCAUGGAGAGGGAGUUAAAAGCAUAGGCAUACGGAAGUGGAUGGGUUCUUCCACUUUUCCCAAUGACGGACACAAAGAAGAGUCCAGGACAGAGUAUAGGGAUAUAGGGGCAAAGGUCAAAGCAUUGU